AUGUGGGAUAUGAAGUCGUGUAUGAAAGGGGCGGUCAUAAAGUGGUCGCGAUGUCGGCCCACAAGUAUCCUCCGGUUCUCCAAAGAUAUCGAUACGAUAAGCGCGCGAACAGACUAUCAGGUCUGUCACCAACACUACACCGAGGACUCUAUCCGCUGCGGUAUUCCUGUUUGGCUGAUCGUCGCUAUGGUUUUGAUGGCUAUCUUAAUACUGAUUGUCAUCACUUGUUUCGCUCGUAUUGUCUGCAGACGAAGGCAGAGGACAGACCCCAUAGAAGACGAUUCAAUUCAUUUUGUCCGACACUAG